UUUAACUACCGCCGUAGGGAUGGUAAAGUGACGAUUAUACACCAACAAAGUUGUAUUUACAGACCCAACGAGGGCUUGUAACCCAGGUUUUACACUCAGAAGAUCUAUAACGGAAAGUUUUGUAUUUCUAAAAACACAUUUUGCUCUUUUUGAGCCAACCAAGGACGGCGGCGGCGACACCGUGUAGUGUAGGAGGAGCUAGCAGCGUGUUUCCGCUCGGAGCGGGCCCAGAAGCUGCCAAGGGAGCUGCGGUUGUCCAUAUCGGGAGGGGAGAAGAAAGGGCGGCAGCUGGACUGUCAGCAAUGGAAGCCGAGUUUCGGGAAAUCGAUGAAAACGGGAGUUGGAACGCGAUUUAUCAGGAGAUUCGUCACCAGUCCUGUGAACUACCAUGCAAGGUCGCCAAACUGCCCGAAAACAAGACCCGGAACCGAUACAGAGAUGUCAGCCCCUUUGAUCACAGCAGAAUAUGUCUGCAGCUGGGGACAAAUGACUACAUUAAUGCCAGCCUGAUAACAGUAGAAGAGGCACAGAGGAACUAUAUCCUAACUCAGGGACCCCUUCCAACAACAUGCGGCCAUUUCUGGGAGAUGGUAUGGGAGCAGAGGACCCGCGGCAUAGUGAUGCUGAAUCGAGUCAUAGAGAAAGGAUCUAUUAAAUGUGCCCAAUACUGGCCACACAGAGAGGAGAAAGAUGCCAUCUUUACAGAUACCAGUUUCAAGCUUACUUUCAUCUCAGAAGACAUUAAAUCCUACUACACAGUCCGUCAACUGGAGUUGGAAAAUUUGUCUACUCAAGAGACACGUGAAAUUUUACAAUUUCACUACACCACCUGGCCUGACUUUGGAGUACCAGAGUCUCCCGCCUCCUUCCUUAACUUCCUGUUCAAGGUGCGCGAGUCGGGUUGUCUGAAUUCCGACCAGGGACCGGUGGUGGUGCACUGCAGCGCUGGCAUCGGACGUUCUGGGACCUUUUGUCUUGUAGACACCUGCCUCUUGUUGAUGUCCCUCCGUAAGGACCCGUCAUCAGUGCGCAUUCGGGAUGUGCUGCUGGAGAUGCGACGCUACCGAAUGGGCUUGAUCCAGACUGCUGAUCAACUUCGUUUUUCCUACCUGGCCGUCAUCGAAGGUGCUAAGUACAUCAAGGGCGACACAUCUGUGCAGGAGUCGUGGAAAGAGCUCUCAAACGAGGAAGAUGAUCCUCCAGAGUUCACCCCUCCUCCUCCUCUCCCUCCUCCCAGAGACCCUCAGAACGGCAAAUUUGAGGCUUCAUUUUUCCCUGGAAAUGAGGAGCUCAUUCAACACGUGGCGACCUACAGUCUGGGGUCCUCGCCAGAGCCGGAGGUGCGAAGGAGGAACCUACCCGCCCCCCCGCCGCCUUCCGACGGCGCCGAUCAGGUCGAUAACCAAGUAGGAAUCCAAGAUCUUGCCUCCAAAUCUCCGAACAAAUCCCAGCAGCAGCAGCAGCAGCAGCAGCAUGACUUGGAAGAGCCGGCGUUGCCCGAGGCAGCAAAGGAGCCGAAGGAAAAACCUCCUGUGCCGGGGAUGUGGUCCCCUCUACUAACCAACGUGUGCCUGUGCACAGCGCUGGCUCUCAGUGCUUACGCCUGUUAUCGAGCCUAUUUCCACUGAUGUCCGUUCCCCCAGCCCUCCGUUCUUCGCUCCCCCUCUGUUUCCACUGAUGUUUCAAAGUGGACGUGGCUGGCCAAUCAGCCUGCUUUGACUCUGCGAGUGAGUGGAUUGUGUGGUGUUCAGCAGAUUCACUCGUUUUCAAUUUUCCAAAUGCAGUGGGAGCAGUCGGCCGGCUCCUCCUCGUCACCCACCUUCUUUCUUUACGUCAUCUUGGAUGCUCAGGGCCUCAGUUUUUCAGGUGUCUCAUGAUAAAUGCGUGUGCUGACACAAGCGCAGAUUCAAUAUAAAACACUCAUCGCAGUCUAGAGGCAAAGCCCUUUUUUUUCUUUUUUUUUUUUUUUUAAACACUCGUCUCUUAUUUACCAAAUGAAACUUGAAUGUGUUCUUCCAUUUAAUCCCCAAGAGUCAUGUGUCAGUUCGAUUUUCUCAAUUUUUUCUCUCGUUUAUUUAAAAACCAACAGACCAGAAAUCACAGAGCCAGAUUUUUGAUCAGACUGAAAUAUUUUGAGAUAUGCCAGUAAGAGAGAAAUGUUCUUUCCUUUGUUAUUGAACCCAACAAUAAGAUAAAGUAUGUGAAAGUAAAAAAAGGGACGCAACCCUGUGCUCACUAGAUAAGAUAAUGCACGACACUGAAUUGUUAUCCGACCCCACCGGUGGCCUGUGUUUGGCUCCUGGUUGAGUACAUACGGUUUGCAUUUUUGUGUGUCUGUGCAUUCGAGAGAGUGGUAGUUACGGAAACUUUAUUCUCUUGUGUGAGUUGAAUCUGCUCAGUGAGAAAUAUUAAUGUAACAUUUACAGUCGAAUGUGAGAUGUAGACCAGGUUUCCCUCCUGAUAUUUGAUCCCCUCUGCGCUUUCUCUCCCCCGUAGCUCAACAUUGACACGGGAGAAAAAAAUAAAUGAACGGUGCGAGAUGAAUAGGAUAGAGUGAUGAGCCUCGGCCUCCAGUCAAAUAGCAGAUCACACGUUGAGGUUCUAACUUAACCAGGCUUUAGUUACCGUUUUCAGUCACACUGGAAAAUGAACUGUUGUAAAGUAACUCACGCGCGUGCCAGCUUUAACGAACUGAGAAGAAAAGUAGCGAAUAGCCGACUCUCUUGCCAGCAAUACAAAUAGUUAAUAAUGGGUCACCUUUUACUUUAUCAACAGGGAACCAGGGAUUUUAAAUAAACCAAAAAAACAAACACCAGCGCAGGGAUGAAAACAAUACACUGUAGUGAUUAUUAUCUGUUGUAUCAUGGCAUGGCCCUGAGCUGGCAAUAUUGUUUUGUAUAAUUGUUUAUUUUUUAGCAUGCUGCAUUCAUGAAUCAACAAGUUUGUCCCAAGAAGAGAUUAGUUAAGCUGCUAGCAUUCGUUUACCCUUUGGGACUCAACAAAGUUCAGCACUUUGUCCAAUAGCUGUACUUUUCUUUAGAAUGUAUGAAUGUCCUCUCCGCGGACGUACCCUAAAUACACACAUAUGAGUAAAAUCAGGAUUCAGUGUGCUGAGUUUUUUUUUUUUUUUUUUUUUUUGUUCUGCUUCAGCAUGGGAUUAAAUCUCAGCACCUGUGCAUCGCACCAGGUUUUCCUGUUUUUCUAUACUUACGCUGAGCUCAAAAACAUGUAUUUUUUUAUUUACAUUUGUUGUUUUCUUUUUUUAAAUAAAGAAGAAACUGUCUACUGUU